CAUUUCCAUGCUUAAUUUUCCAUCACACCAAUUUCUUGAACCCUAACAAGAAAACCCCCAUUUUCUAUCACACCAUUUCUUGAACCCUAACAAGAAAACCCCAAUUUUCCAUCGCAACAUUUCUUGAACCCUAGCAAGAAAAUCCCUUUCUGUGUGUUCUCUUUCUGUAAAAAUCAAAGAAGGUUUCAUGGAUUGCUUCAGCCGUCUACCAUUAGAGACCACAUUGGAAAUUUUAACCAGAGUUCCAGCCGAAACGAUCCCUGACUGUAAAUCAGUAUGUAAAAUUUGGGGAAAUCUUCUUCGUCCUGUAUCAUUCUCUAAAAUUCACUUCCAUCAUCACAAUCAGGACGAUGAUUCUGGUAAGUUGAGUUUUCUUGCUUCAACUAGUAAGAAAUAUAUGGAUUAUGAUAACCUAGAGUUCAAAUAUUUUGAGUAUAACAAGAAUCAUAACUCAGAAACGUCUAUUGAGAGAAUUAAAAAGGUUAAUUUCAAACCUCCAUUUAGAGAUGCUAAGAUUGUUGGUUCUUCUAAUGGUCUGCUUUGUCUUACUGGAACCCCAUCUAUUUGUAUUUGUAACCCGAUUACUAGAGAACAAAUAAUGCUUCCUGAAAUCAAGACACAGUAUUGUGAUAAUCAUGAGCAUUGUAUGUGGGCUAAUGGGUUUGGUUACCUUUCUUCAACAAAUGAGUACAAAGUUGUAGCAAUACAUGCUUCCUCGGAGCCCAUAUUCAUAGAUGUCCAGAUAUACACACUAGGUAGUCGCAGCGGAUGGAGAAACCUUGGAAGAUUCGAUAUGGACCUCUGCCAAUCAUCUUAUGCGUUUUUACCACAAGGUGUCUUUGCCAAUGGAGCUCUUUAUUGGGUUUCGGGUGAUUUAGAAAUGAUCGUUACCUUCGACUUGACUCAGGAAAAGUUUUGUGAAAAUCUGUCACCACCUCCUGUGCCACCAAAUGGAUUUUGGACUUGGAACACAAUAGGAGUUUUGGAUGGGUGUUUGUAUGUAGCUGUUUGGCAACUUGUCGAAGGAGAUGAAACAGAAUGGUUUGACAUAUGGCUAUUGAAAAAGAAGAACGAUAAUCAUGGCAUGAAAGAGAGCGAGAGAUAUCAGUCAUUUGGUUGGACUAAAGAGUUUAGGCUUAUACAAAGCACAUUAGUAGCUGUUACGAAGAGUGGCGGUGCUUUAACUCACUCUGCGGAGUGGUUCAAUAUUUACGGCCCAAAAUCUUCUACCUCUAAAAGGUUUGGGGAUCUUAAGGAAUGUUUUAUUCAUGAAAUAUUUCCACACAAAAACACCUUAGUUUCGUUGAAAGGCCUAGGGGAAGAAGGUACAAAGAUAAUGGAGCCGAUUGAAGUUGAAAAGGCAGGAAGACGUGAUUUGCUUUUGGAGCAGCCGGAAGAGGUUGAGGCCCUGGAUGCCUUACUUUCAUUGAAAGAAAUAUGGGUAAAGGAUAAGGAGAUUAUGGAGUCGAUUGAAAUUGAGGAGACAGAAAGCCAUGGUUCUUCUUUGGAGCAGCUGGAUGUAGAUGAGGCCAGGGAUUCCUAGUUAUAAACUGGUACCUAAUAACCCCGCACAUAACUGACUACAACAACCGAUACUCUUUCUCAACACGCUUGCUGUCUUUGUUUUGGUGGUUGCCAAGUUUCCAAACAUGCACACGGUCUGUAACUUUGGAUCAAUGGAGAAAAUGAACCCAGACAUGCGGUUCAUGAUAACCCAGACAGCAUUCUAGGAUCAAGUACUCUGUCCCGGCAAUGGCGUGAAACCGAAUUUUUUGAUAGCUCCAGUCAAGAGCUAGAUGCCCAUCCAACUUCAUAAUAUAAAAGGACUCAUGGGAGCUAAUGCAAUCAAGGUCAGACAUAUGGUGGCUGAUGAAAUCAAGGUCCGAUAUAGCUCUGUACUCCUCUCUUCCAACAUCAAAUGCCACUAGUGUCAGAACAAAAUUCUAGUAAUGCGUCCAAUAUACGGUACCAUUCACAUACACAGAACCAUGUUUUACUUGGCAGUAAUCUGACGGUGGUACCUUAUCAAUCCUUCUCCAAGCAGUGUCCUUGCCUAGAGUCAAGAUCUCGCACAUUCUGUAACAUGCCUCGUACACAGGGCGGUGUUCGUCUAAUGUUGUGUACUCCCCACACCCUUCAAAAUAUUGAAGUAACCAUCCAGAUAUUCUCCAUAUACAUAUCACUUUGUAUUCCUUGGUUGCAGGGUCAAAUCCAAAUUCGUAAGUACGAGACACAUAUACUUUCGAUAAAUCACACCACUGCUCUACUUGUGCUAACACAGGUUGGCUGUCCAGUAACUCUCAAAGUUAACGAGGGCUCUCAACUUAUUGUCACGAGGAAGAAGCAUUAUAUGGGACGUAAAAAAAAUUUCAGUUGCCGGCUAUGGUGUAAAUCAAUUAAGGAUUGCCAAGGUUUGCUUACACAUUUGAAACGCAUAAGGGAUUUCAAUGGGAGUCUGCUCAGUAUCUUGCACAGUAUUUGAUCAUCGUAGCUGUAGCUAGUAUCCUUCAUCUUCUUCAUCGUGGUCAUCGUCGGCGACAAAAUCCGCCAAGGUGAACACUAAAUAAGAUUAACUAGGUUCCCGAGUUGGUCCUGAAUUGAGUUUCCGUUCCCGGGUUGGUUCUGAAUUUCCGAGGACGAUAUAUAUUUGGAAUACCAAGUAAAUAAGCUGACGUUGGCCUGAAACCGACAGUAGUAAUAUUAUUAUUUCCUUUUUUUUUUUUUUUUCUUUUACUUUGGUUUGUAUUUAGAUAGCUUUAGAUUUAAGCAGUUACCGCGUAGCUUUAUAUUUAAGCAGACUCGGUAAAAUCGUCCUCUAUAAAUAGAGGAUGCUCGAUUGAAUAAUCUAUCUUCUAAAUUUUUUUCUCUCUCUCGAAUAUUAUUGAUUGCGAAUUGAAGAAUCAGAAUCAGAAACAAUGUUCAACAAUUCUGCACCUACGUUUGGUACACAGCAGCAGUCGGUUUUCGGGCAAAACAACAGUUUUUUUCUCCUAAGCCUUUUGACACUCCUACAACUCCGUUUGGUACUCAGGCAGCGGGGUCUAUGUUUAGCGGCACUUCAACGAGUAAUUUCGGAGGAGGAACUCCGGCUCUUUCAUUGCCGGCGGUUGGAAAUACAGCAUCAGCCCCGGUAAGUUCCUUUGGCACAACUCCAGCUUUCGGUACUACAUCCGCCUUCGCCGGAACUUCUAUAUUUGGGCAGAAGCCUGCUUCCAAUGCAAACACUCCGGCUUUUGGUACAACUCCAGCCUUCGCUACUCCAACUACACCGGUCUUCGGGUCUCAACCAAAUACAGGAUUCGGGUCCCAACCAAAUACACUAUUCGGGUCCCAACCUAAUACAGGCUUCGGGUCCCAACCAACUGCAGGAUUCGGGUCUCAACAAAAUACAGGCUUCGGAGGGGGAUUUGGCAACCUAGGAUUUGGUGCUACACAUGCUGCUUCCACAACCGCUCCUCCUUUUGGUGCUCAACCUUUGAGUUCUAGGUUUGGCCAACCAAAUUCUGGAUUUGGUAACAACCCUUUUAGUUCAAAUCCGGCUCCCUUCGGAUUCCAAAGUUCUUCUAUUAGUAUGCAGACUACAACACCCUCUACAUUUGGAACUCCAGGUUUCGGUCAACCAUCACGUGGUGGAAGCAGAGCAGUGCCAUUCGCUCCUACAAAUACCGAGGAACUUCUUGGUGGGAAGACUGAAAUACAUAAAUUUCAAUCAAUAUCUUGUAUGCCUGUUUAUGCAGAGAAAAGUCAUGAAGAACUGAGAUGGGAAGAUUACCAGUUGGGUGAUAAAGGUGGUCAAAUUACUCAGCCAAAUUCAUUUACCUCUACGACGACAAAUCCCAACCCAUUUUCACUUGGUCUUCAGAAAACAACUACCUUUACUGGUUUCAACACUUCAGGGACGGCUGGAUCAACACCAUCAAACCCGUUUGCAACAGGUACAUCAUUAACGUCAACAAAUGCAUUUAAUCAACCCAGUAUUACUCCUGCAUCCACUCCAUAUAAUUUUGGAACUACUCCUUCAUUCACCACCACUCCAGCCUUUACUUUUGGAACUACUCCUUCAACUGCAACCUCGCCUUUUAAUUCAAUACCCGGAGCAGCCAACCCCUUUGUUACACCAUCUGCAUUCCAACAGCCAAAUACAGCCUUUGCACCAGUAAGCACAAGAUCUGCUCCUCUGACGAGCACGGUUGGUACACAAAAUUCUAGCGUCUGGAACAAUACUUUCAAUUCAACGCCUGCCUGGAACAGUACGAGCAUUGGCCAAACAAACGCAUCGCAACAGACUACCCCAGCUUUUAGUUUUCAGCAACAAGGCCAAACAAACCCAGCACAGCAGACUCCGCCAGCUUUUAACUUCCCUAGCAGCGGUUUUCAGCAACAAGGCCAAACAAACCAAUCACAACAGACUCCGGCACCGGCUUUUAACUUCCCUAGCAGCAGUUUUCAGCAACAAGGCCAAACAAACCCAUCACAACAGACUCUGCCAGCUUUUAACUUUCAUAGCAGUGGUUUUCAGCAGCAACAGACAUCAAGUGGUUUUGGGCAGAACACCUUUCCCCAACUGUCUACUGGCAACCAAAGUAAUCCACCAGCUACACAACCAUCUGGUGUUACAAUGAAUCCUUUUGGAACACUUCCUGCAAUGCCUCAAAUAUCAAUUGGACAUACAAGAGCUGCACCAUCAAUUCAAUAUGGAAUAUCUAGGAUGCCUGUGGUCGAGAAAGCGGAACCUGUCAGAGUUUCCCCCUUGUUGAUGACUUCUAGACAUUUGUCUCAGAACAGGAUUAGGCUACCUGCUAGGAGAUCUGCUAACAACAAGAGCUCAAGGGUGCCAUUUUUCGGUGAUGAUGAGGAACCUCCUAGCACGCCAAAAGCAGAUGCCCUUUUCAUUCCAAGGGAGAAUCCAAGAGCUCUUGUUAUACGCCCCCUUGAACAUUGGACCUCAAGAGUCUCUGCAGAAAAAUCAAAGAAUACCAACAAUACUCCUCUGCACGAGAAUGGUAAAGUCUCCGAGAAAGAUUUAGGUUCAAGUUUGAAUGGCUCUAUCAACCAUGAAAACCAUAAGAGUAAUCCAUCAUUGGCAGAGAAUAGCAAUGACAAGGAGCGGACAGUAAAUGAGAACGGGGCAGAUAUUGAGGCGCUGAUGCCAAAACUCCACUACUGUGACUACUACACGGAGCCUGAGAUUCAAGAAUUAGCAGCCAAGGAGAGGGCAGAGCCAGGAUUCUGCGGUAAGGUGAAGGACUUCAUCGUUGGAAGGCAUGGGUUACGUAGCAUCAAGUUUGCAGGAGAGACUGAUGUGCGAAACCUUGACCUGGAGUCCCUGGUACAAUUCAACAACCGGGAGGUGAUAGUUUACCUGGAUGAUAGUAAGAAGCCCCCAGUUGGACAAGGACUGAACAAGGCUGCAGUGGUGACACUCCUCAACAUCAAGUGCUUUGAUAAGAAAACUGGACAGCAAUACUUGGAAGGGGUUAAGGUUGAAAAGUUCAAAGAGUUGCUGAUGAAGAAAACGGUUGACCAGGGUGCCGAGUUUGUUUCUUAUGAUCCCAUCAAGGGAGAGUGGAAGUUCAGGGUGAACCACUUUUAGUCAAUACAUGUAUAUAUAAGUGGUGGUGUUCUUUUAAUUUAUUUAUUUUUCCUGAGUUGGGUGCAUGUAUGAAUCGCUCUAGGUUUUUGAUACUCUUCUCUCCUUGUACUACUUUGUUUUCCUUUUUAAUUUUUCAGUGUUCGUAAAAUGUUAUCCCAGUACUACUAUUGAUGA